GUCGGGAGCUACCGUUCAAACAAUAUAUUUCACCCAAAAACAAAAUUCAUGAAAUGAAACAUUUCGGAAACGAUAAAAUUAUGGGCCACUCCUGGGACUUUCCGACUCCGAGCAAGGAUGAAGUGGACGAGAGCACACAGACGGACUUCUGCUUCAGGAUGCAGGACGUUGAGAGUGAUCCAUGGACAGCUUCGGGGAAUGAGUCGCCCAAGAAGGGUUGCCUCAAGGGAAACUCUCCCGAGUCCGGCAACGAGCGCAUCUUUGUGCUGCGGAACUGCAACCAGUGCCAGGACUACACAGUGGCGCCCUGCUGCAAGUGCCGCUGCCCGCGCAAGAAAACCUCCUGCAAGGGCAACUGCAAGGGCGAGGGCGAGGCUGUCGAAAGUUGCCCCAGGCGCCAGACAACGCCGGAACGGCACGAGGGCGGCACCUGUCCGCUCUGCCAGAGCCGCAGUAGUGAGCAGACGGACAGCAACGGGCUGUGCGGGGGAUUGUGCAAGGAGUGCAACUGCAGGAUCCACGAUGCCAUGGGGAAGUACUUUAUGCAGCAAGCGGAGAUGCCACCUUACUAUCAGUCUUCAAUCCCUUAUGGUUAUCCCUCGUUUCCCUACUCACUGCCACUGCCACCGGUGCAACAGGCUUGGGGAAGUCGAAGGUCAGUUUCAAAGGGACAGCCAACGGUAUGUGACAUGCGUCAGCCAUCGGAGACUACCUGUGACUGUCCGUCUGGCCAGGCUGCGCCACUGCCAGAACAGACGCCAGCACCACAGACUGGACAAUGGCAGCCGAUAAGCCAGCCUUGGGCGCCGCAGCAGCCACAGCAACCGCAGCAGCAGGUGCAGCAGAUAUUGGCGGAUCCCAGUGGGGCGGCACCGCUGAACAUUAUUGUGCUGCAGGACUGCGACAAUAAUGCGCUCAUCGAUCAGCUGACCACGGCCAUCAGUCGGAGCGGGGGCCAGGGCCAGGGCCAGGGCCCCGGCAUGGAUGUGCCUCAAGGAUACAGCAACUACAAGUACAACAAUCCGCUCAGCUACAACUACAUAGACUACGAAAUGGUGGACUACAAUCGAGCUGCCAGCCAGCAGCAGCAGUACGAUAGGAACAUGGAUUACGAUGAUGGCUACAACAUGGAAAUGGAUGGCUACAUGGACACGUAUCAGCAGAGUCGCAGCUCAUGCAACAUGUCCUCCUGUCCGGUGCAGAAGCCGCCCGCAGCCUCUGCCUGUGCCAAGACCCGCAGCUGCACCUGCAAGUCCUGCCAGAGCGAGUGCAAGCCGAGCGGCAGCGAGAAUAAAUCCUGCAAUUGCGACUGCAAGUGUCCAACCUGCGAGUGCAAGACCCAACCGAAGGACUGUGAGCCCAGCUGCGAGGCCAACUGUGCCCGCAAGUGCUGCGAAACGGAGCUCUCGGCGCUGCUCACCAAGGCGCUGGAGAUCUUCAUUGGCCUCUCGGAGCAGCCGAAGAAGGGGAGAUCCAAGCACAGGCCAUACUCCAUCUACACGAAGAAGAAGGGCGCCCCCAAUGGGGAUUACAUCAAGCUGAAGCGGAACAAAACCCACAAGCGAGUGGCCUCCGGCUCCACCCUGCUGGUGAUGAGUGAAGACCAAAAAGAGGAGCUCCCAUCGGUAUUCAGCAGCAUGCACCCCGCUUCACACACCCCCACACAGAGUAGCUUAGCCACACUGCAGCACACACACCCGCACACUCCACGCGAAAGUCAUCAUGAGCUGGUCAAGAAGGACUAUCUGGCCCAAAGCAGCGAUGCGGCACCUUUCUUUCUGCCCAACUGCGAGAAGAAUCGCUGCAAGCACGACUGCCAGGGCAGGUGCAGCAAGCCGCCCCACAACUGCGGCAAGGGCUGCAAGGGACACUGCAAGGGACCCUGCCACAAGCGCGGUGGCGGAGAUGCCGCCAGCAGGCGGCAGGAGCGCAUGCAGGAGCUCAGCGUGAGCUCCAGGCAUGCGCGUUGCUUCCAGUGCAACGCCGGCAAGGCUCUGGAUGCCGGACGCACCUGGCAGCCGGUGGACACGGAUCAAAUGCCAAAUGAAAGCGCCAGCAAGCCCAGUAAAUCCGGAGGGGGCUGUGCCGGCUGUGCGGGUGGCUCUGGGCGUCGCAGUGGCGGUGAGGGCCAUGUCCGGCGCAAGAACGGACUCCUCGGCCUCAGUCCCAUUGCCCAUUAUCGACCGGGAAUGCUGCAGUUUCCCGUCAACUAUCUGCUCACCGGCGCCAAUACGCGACGGAGUCUGGUGCGCACCGCUGCCGGGGUGACGCUCCACCAGAGUCCCUGCGUGAACCUGGCGGAGCACACACAAAUGCAGCCUCCAAGGAAACAUCGAAAGAGACCGAAGUGGCAGACAGUUCCAUCGCGACCUCCGGGAAAAUAUGCAUUAUCCGAGAUCGAGCAGCGUGGCCGAUAAAAGCCACAACCCGAUCCCAGAAUGCACAUUUCCCCGCGGGCCGCGACAGUGGCUUAUAGUUUUACCCAACAAAUUUGUAAAACAUUUGCAAUAAACCGGCGAAAUUCUGACUAAA